AAGCCUUGUUUUACAGACUUUCUCAUGAAAUCAGUGUUUACUGCAACUACUGGAAUUUUUCUUUAAACGCCCAUUUAUAAAUAGCGGGAAAAAAAUAUCAAAAUAUACAGGGUAGGAAAUGAUGUAAAUUAAGAAAUGGAAUAACAUUCCAAACAAUAAUACUUUAAUGUAAUAACCAUAAAUAUUAUAAAAUGAACUGGAUUAGAGCAGAAACAUUUUUGGGGAAUGAGCUAAUUGCAUAUGCAUGUACAUGUAUGUGUCAACAAAUGACUAAUGGGAAUCCCCACCCUUCUUGCAUCCACUCACAGCCACAUGUAGCGGCAUGAUUGGUCCAUAUAUCUGUUUUAACUGAGCUAUAAGUAAAAUAUUUCAUGGAUGGAGUGUAAUCAAAGUCACUCACGCCUUCUCUUUGAACUGACAAAUUCAUGCCAGUGAAGUUCAUUGUAAGUUUCUAGACUACAUCUUGGACAAUCCUGUGUGCAAACAGCAUUUCCAGUAACAACUUGACGACACCAAUACGGAACGACAAGGUGUCAUCCAACAUCAUCAAGGCACCACUCCUCCCAAUAUCUCUAGCCAUAAGAUGACUACUUUUAUCAUAUUUGGAAUGCUAAUAGGAAUAAGUGUCUGUAAUGCUACAAUAAUGUAUGCACGAGAGGGAGAAAUGAUGCUGCUAGAGUUUGUAUACCCAUGUAACAGUACAAGAAUCACAUUACAAUAUGGGAAUAGGGCUCCGUGCUACAGCUCCGCAGAACCAAAACAUAUGUCAAUGCCACCCAACCAGAGACUUGCAUUUGAGAAUGAUAGUCAGGUAUGUUCGGUUCAAUGGACAAUCGAUCCAGUUUUAAGAGAUGAUGCAGGCACCUACAUCUUGACAGCAUACAAGAAUGGCAUCAUGCUACCUGACUAUCCAAGAAUCGGGUUACGUGUUGAAUAUCCUCCUGGGAGAGCUACAUGUCAGCUGAGUGAUUAUCAUCACGAUGCGGAAUGGUUAUCGCUGCGAUGUACUGCUCCGCGAGGGACUCUGCCUGGACAUAUUCUUUGUUAUCAGAAUGGCCUAAGACUACCAACAUACACUCAUCUACAACAAACUGAUAGGACUAUCACACAGACUAUACUAGCAAGAUCUGCCAAUAUGAAUGUAUUUUGCUGCUCUACUUUGCUUCAGGAAAGUAAAGACAAGUGUGAAUGCAAAGACUUUGGUUGGGAUCCAAGUAAUAAGACUACAUUAACUGAAAUCAGUCCAUGCCCUAUUCCAGCAACUGUACAGACUUCUGAACCAAUGUCAUCUGUUUCCCCGACUCAAGACAUUCAAAUAGAUUACUUUACAAUGCCAACAAAAAUCCCUGAUAUAUCAAAGUGCCAAUGCAAUACUGAUCAUGUCACCUUACGAAAUUCAAUAAGCACCGUGAUUAGUUUGGCUAUUACUUUAAUAAUAAUAAUAAUAAUCCAUAUUAUGUUAAGUGCGAGGCACAUCUUAAAAACUGGGAAAAUUGAGAAGCGUCUUGAAAACUUUGGUGAUUUCAAUAAAACUGAUACACUACAAAGGUUGAGAACAUUGCUGGUGGAAUCUGAAUAAAAUAACAAGAAAACUAUUUGGAAAAGGUUAUAUGUACAAAUAGUUGAAUUUACCAAAAACCAUGGAUCAAGAUGGCCCAAAUUCACCAUAGAGUUUGAAUACCUUCCUGGUUUUAAUCACCUAUUUUUGUUUUUAUUUUUAAGCCUGUGAGCACAAUCAAUGCAAUAUUCUAUACAGUACAUACAGUUAUAAACACAUUCUUUGGUAAUUGUACCCUUCUUUUAAUUGAAGGAUUGUCCCCACCCUCUUGUUUAAAUCUCUUUUGUGAAUUUUGAUUAAAUUAAAUCUGGAUUGGGUUGGAGUAUGUUAAUUGCCGAACGGUACAAUUCAUAUUGUGGAACAGCUAAUCAAAAGAAGAAAAAAAGCAACAGUAAAAGAGGCAAAGAAACUAUGUACACCUUUACAAAAAACAUAGUAGGGUUGUACACAUACUGAAAAUUAGCGAGUGCAAUAUUCCUUCAUGGUCCAUGCUAUGGCAGGUGCUAUUUUCUUUACUGCAUUUUUGUACAUAUACAUGUAUGCUGCAUUUAUUUAUAUUAGAUGGCUUUUUAAAAACAAUAUACAUGUACAUAUCAUGCAUGCAUCAGAACCUCCUUUUUUAAAGUCCAUACUUAUAUUAAUGGAAUGAAUGAAUAUUUUUCAUCUAAAUCAAAAAGUUGAUUGUCAAGCUAUCGAAUAGCUGUAAAUCUUAUGGCAUUAAGUAUACAACACCCAACUGGUGCAAUGAAUUAGGAAAAUUUCUGGUUUAAUUGCAUAAUUUCAAAUGGGUGAGUGCCUUUGUUAUGUCUGUACUUAUCAUGCACCAGAUUGGCAACAAGUAAAUAACUGCAAAAUCAUUUACUCUAUUUCAUGUUUAUUUUAUUUUGUAAAUACAUGUAGAGUGUGCCGUGAUAGCUGUAAGCAUGCAGCUUUGAAAUUAAGAAUAUGUGUGAAGGAGUAUUUAUAGGGCUGUAUUGAUCAUGGGAACCCGGAAGGAUGAAUUCCUUGCAUGCACUGUGCGCCAGUGAUGGUAACUCGAUCUAAAACAGGGGUAAUAGCAAAAAGUGCUAUAUAAAUCUAAUUAUUAUACAAAUAAUGCAUGCAGCCGAGUGCGUUCGUGAAAAUGCAGAGCACGCGAGGUUUCUUUAAAAAAAAGGUGCCACACUGUGCACAAGCCGCUGGCAGCGAGUGCCCAGUGUGCACCAUCUGAAGAAACCGAGAUUUCUCUGCAUUUUACUUUUACGCACAACAGAGCGAGUGCAUUAUCUGUUUUAUAAAAUAGCGACACAGAAACCAAUUCUUAAAAAGUUACGGUACAGUUUUGUUGGACUCCUACCGUACUGGUAUGCUUGAGCAUGCAAUGUCAAUGUUCGUUAAGCACCUUUCGUACUGCCAUGCAUCGCAAACAAAAAGUUGGAUGUCAUGCGACGCGUAUUGGCCAAUCGCGAUGCUUGAAAUAAUACACCUAUUUAUAAUAUCAUUUAUUAUUGUUAUCCCUUUUGUUUAGGUUAUGGUGUCAUGGAGGCAAGGUUGGCGUGUUUUCUAAUGCUGU